AUGUCUUCAUACGCCAUCACCGGAGCCUCCAAGGGCCUUGGUCUCGAGUUCACCCGCCAACUAGCCACCGCCAACCCAAGCAACACCGUCCUGGCCAUUGUCCGAAACCCUAACUCGCGCGACAUCUCCUCCCUCGCCUCGAACCACCCCAACGUGCACGUCAUCAAAGGCGAUGUUACAGACCCCAAGUCCAUCCUCGAGGCAGCCUCCGCCGCAGCGACCAUCACCGGCGGUAAACUCGACGUGCUGAUCCACAACUCCAACGCCGUCGACAUGGCCACCAUGGCCUCCAACCCAACCCAGCUUCCAUUCGACGCUGAAGCCAUGCAUGCGACUUUCGAGCCAGCACUUAGUACGGCGAUCUAUGGCGGUAUCUGGACGACAAACGCCUUCCUCCCUCUCAUUGAGAAGGGCGUCCAGAAGAAGAUCGUGCAUAUUUCCAGCGGCAUGGCAGAUCUGGAUUUCAUCCGGAAAGCCGGGUCGAGUGAUGCUGUCCCGUACUCUAUCGCGAAGGCCGGGAUAAAUAUCCAGGUCGCCAAGUAUGCGGCGGAGCUUGCGCCGAAGGGGAUCAAGGUGUUGGCGUUGAGCCCCGGUUGGGUGGAUACGUGGGAGGGAGAGAAGCCCGAACCUGUGGUUCAAGCGAUUGAUUUCAUGCUGAAGCAGUUUCAGGCGGCGGAGCCGGACCUGAAGGGGCAGAUUCAGCCGGAGGAGAGUGUUAGGAAGUGUCUCCGGGUCAUUGAGAGCCUGGAUGUUGGGACUAGCGGCUUGUUUUUGAGCCAUAAUGGGGAUCAGAAGAGGUGG